AUUACCAAAAGGGCUGGUCUUUGCUAUUUACUAUCCAAUCCUAGCAGCUAUAGGAGUUCCAGCUAACCUUUCAGUGAUUCUAAUCCUGUCACGGGAAAGGUGCGGACUUUCCAAAUGCAUCGCAUAUUAUCUGGUAUCCAUGGCCGUGACGGAUGUCCUUGUCAUUAUCACAGCUGUGAUAUUAAACCGGAUUGUGGGUAUUUAUUUCCCAAUGUCAUUCUUGUCCAUUACCCCAGUCUGCAGUGCCAGCCUUACAGUUAUAUAUGGAAUCAGAGAUUCUUCUGUCUGGGUAACUGUCACUUUCACCUUUGAUCGAUUCAUUGCCAUUUGUUGCCAGAAGCUGAAAAUGAAAUAUUGCACUGAGAAAGUAGCGGCUGUGGUUAUAGCAACUGUCUGCAUUCUGAGCUGUCUCAGAAACAUCCCUUUGUAUUUUAUUUAUGAGCCUUCCUUUAUCAUUAACGGUGUACCUUGGUAUUGCAGCCUCAAAUCAACAUAUUACACCUCACCCCACUGGGUUGCUAUUGACUGGAUAAUAGUCAUUUUAAACCCUUGUCUCCCAUUCAUUCUGAUUUUGCUGCUCAAUGUCCUCACUGUCAGGCAUAUUGUAUUGGCCAGUAGAGCCCGCAGGAGACUCCGGACCAGGAACAAUGGAGAGAAUCAGAAUGACCCAGAGAUGGAAAAACGGAGGAAGUCCAUUGUCUUACUCUUCGCAAUCUCAGGCAGUUUCCUUCUGUCGUAUUUAUUGGUUCUCCUGACUUUCCUCUGUGUUCAAAUUGCAAAUGUUAGUUAUUUCUCAGGUUCUAAUUACAAUGAAUCGAAUUUUCUCCUUGAGGAAGGCGGAUUUAUGCUUCAACUUUUGAGUUCCUGCAUCAACCCAUUUAUUUAUGCAGGGACCCAGAGUAAAUUCAGAGAGCAGUUAAAAACUUUGGUGAAGUUCCCCCUGACACUCGUGUUUGAAUGUUUUAAAUAG